CUUAAUAAUACUUGUAAUCUACUUCUCUUAAACCUUUCUAUGUUCCACUUGCAAAUAAAUCACACUAUAUUUUCUUCCCUUCAUUUUUUCAAUGCAAAUAAAUUAUUUCCUUCCAUUUGAUAAAAUUAAAUUGGGCCAAAAAUUAAAUUUCAUACUCAUCUCGUUUCAUAAAUGACAAAUUUAAAUUAGGCCAAAAAUAUUUUUUUUGUUUCUUUUCUAUUUUUCUUUCUCUUCUGGUUUUUAAUUUCAUUUUGACUUUAAAUUCACCAAACCCAGAUGCAAAAAUUCAAUCUUUUUGUUCUGUGCUGAUAGUGGGUGAUGCCACUGAAUUGAAUUUUGAGAGAGAGAAGAAAAAAUGGCUUCUUUACAUGGUUUUGCUCCAACGUUGAAAUUGGGUUUUGCAUUUUCAUCACUCUUUUCACCAAAACAAAAACACCCUUUGGUUUUCCCUUCAUCAAAGAGAGGAUUUUCCCUCAAAUUCUGUGAUGGGUCGUUCAAAUUCCAAAACCCUUCAUUUCCACCUACAAAACCCAAUUCAUAUAUGAGAAAGAAAUCGGUGGAACUUGACCAGUUCGUGACAAGCGACGACGAAGAAGAGGAAGAAGAAGAGGAGGAAGAAAUGGGUGAUGGGUUCUUAGAAGCAAUUGAGGAGCUUGAAAGAAUGACAAGGGAACCUUCUGAUGUUCUAGAAGAGAUGAAUGAUCGUCUCUCAGCUAGAGAACUUCAACUUGUGUUGGUUUAUUUCUCACAAGAGGGAAGAGAUUCAUGGUGUGCUUUGGAGGUUUUUGAUUGGCUUAGGAAAGAGAAUAGGGUUGAUAAAGAGACUAUGGAGUUAAUGGUUGCUAUCAUGUGUGGUUGGGUGAAGAAGUUGAUUAUGGAAAAACAUGGUGUUGAUGAUGUUAUUGACCUUCUUGUGAAUAUGAAUUGUGUUGGUUUGAGACCUGGUUUUAGCAUGAUUGAGAAGGUUAUUUCUUUGUAUUGGGAAAUGGGGGAGAAGGAUGAUGCUGUUUUGUUUGUGGAAGAGGUUUUGAGGCGUGGAAUUUCUAGUAAUGAGGAUGAUCCUGAAAAAGGAGGGCCAACUGGGUACCUUGCUUGGAAGAUGAUGGUUGAAGGUGACUACCGAGGCGCGGUUAGAUUGGUAACUCGUUUCAGAGAAGCUGGCCUGAAGCCAGACAUCUACAGUUACCUUGUUGCAAUGACUGCUGUGGUUAAGGAACUCAACGAGCUCGCCAAAGCUCUACGAAAGUUGAAGAGUUUUUCGAGGGCCGGGCUGAUAACUGAGUUCGACCGAGAAGAUGUUGAGCUUGCAGAGAAGUACCAAUCAGAUCUUCUAGCCGACGGAGCGCGAUUAUCCAAAUGGGUAAUCCAAGACGGAAGCCCUUCAUCAAUUCACGGAAUCAUUCACGAGAGGCUCCUCGCUAUGUACAUUUGCGCUGGCCGCGGAAUCGAGGCCGAGAGACAGUUAUGGGAAAUGAAGCUUCUAGGUAAAGAAGCUGUUGGAGGUCUGUACGACAUGGUUCUCGCAAUUUGCGCUUCGCAGAAAGAGGCUGCGGCCACAGCUAGACUGAUGAUCCGAAUGGAAGUCGCGAGCUCGCCGCAGAAGAAGAAAAGUUUGUCAUGGUUGUUAAGAGGGUACAUUAAAGGUGGACAUUUUAAUGAAGCUGCAGAGACUGUAAUGAAAAUGCUUGAAUUGGGAUUCUAUCCUGAUUAUUUGGAUAGAGUUGCUGUUAUGCAGGGUUUGAGAAAAAGGAUACAGCAAUAUGGAAAUUUAGAUACUUAUAUCAAGCUUUGUAAGUCACUAUAUGAAGCAAAUUUGAUUGGAGCUUGUGUUUGUUAUUUGUAUAUAAGAAAAUAUAAGCUUUGGGUGGUGAAAAUGAUAUGAGAAAAUGUGUACUUGGAAAACACUGCCAAUUUUCAAACCUUUGGUUUUGAAGGCAUAGCUAGAGCACUGGUUUUGUUGGUGCUUGGUUAGUUGUAUAAAGUUGUAUAGGUUUAAUGUCAAAUUAAUGGACCAAUUCUAGUGGCAGUGCAAUGUUAUAGUAAUGAGUAUUAUGUAUGAUAAAUAAUUCGGAUCUUACUUAUGGCACUCUCAUGUGAUUAUACUCUUGCUUGUUGCUUCAACUUCAUGUUACAGUUUUUUUUUUC